AUGAGGAGAUUGCAGUCCAUGAGAUGGUUUAGUUUUCCCUGGUUGAGGAGAGAGACCUCACAGACUGAGACCAGCCCACUCAUACCAAAGACAGACACAGAUAGAGAGCUGUCAGGAGUCCUCCAGGGGACUGACGAGAGCAGCACAGAAGAACAGGCUCCAGAACCAGGACCGAAUGAUGGACCUGGGAACCAGGGUAGAACCAGGGAGGUAAAACCCAGAACCAGUAGCAGGCCCUUCUCCCUGAGAGACUGCCUUCUCAAGUACCUCCUGUUCUUCAGCAACCUCCUCUUCACAGUGCUAGGCCUGGUGGUCCUGGCCCUGGGACUGUGGGGCCUCAUCAACAAGGAAUCCUUCGCUCAGGAGAAAAUAGGACAGAUCAGCACCGACCCCAUGCUGGUGUUUGUGGUGCUGGGCUUGGUGCUGUCUACCCUCUGCCUGUCAGGCUGUGUGGGGGCUCUGAGAGAGAACUGCUGCCUGCUCCAGGUCUUCUCAGCCACCGUGCUGGUCCUGGUAGCAGCCCAGGUCCUAGCGGCCAUUGUGGCCUACAGCUUCCAGGGACAGAUAGAGGGAUACCUGAGGUCAGGUAUGCUGGCUGCCAUGGUACGUUACCAGGAUGACCUGGACCUGAGGUUCAUCACAGAUGAAAUCCAGAUAGGACUGCAGUGCUGCGGGGCCGACAACUACAGAGACUGGGAGGUCAACAUGUACUAUAACUGCUCUGCCCCGGGGGUGCUGUCCUGUGGGGUCCCUGCUACCUGCUGUGUGGACCCCCUGGAGAACGGCACGGUGUGGAACUCUCAGUGUGGAGUAGGAUCCCAGCAGCUGGAUGAGUUCUCUGCUCAGAGCGUCAUCUUCCUGGGGGGCUGUCUGGGGGGCAUGUCCCGCUGGAUAGAGCAGCACACAGGCCUGAUAGGAUCCGUGGGUAUCGUCCUACUGGGGGUUCAGAUCAUCACUCUGUUCAUCACCACACGACUGAUGGAUAACAUCCAGUGCAGUAAAGCUACAAGUUAAUAAGACCUAGUGGAGUAAAGCUACAACAUAAUAACAUCUAGUGGAGUAAAGCUACAUGAUAACAUCUAGUGGAAUAAAGCUACAAGAUAAUAACAUCUAGUGGAGUAAAGCUACAAGAUAAUAACAUCUAGUGGAGUAAAGCUGCAAGAUAAUAACAUCUAGUGGAGUAAAGCUACAAGAUAACAUAUAGUGGAGUAA